AGGGUUGAAUGUUAUGGUUAAAGUUGAUACCAGACUGGAUUCGAGGACACGCUGAUAAUGUAUCCGUGAGUCUGUGACACUGUGUGAUUCCGUAGCAGGUGAUGUUGUGACUUCAAGCUCCCUACAAGCCUCUCGGGCUGGUGUUUACAUAACAUUCGGUGCUAUUGUGAAGAGGCAUAGACAUUUUCUCUGAUUCUGUUCUGGAGGCGUCUCCCUGAAUUGUUGCAUUAGAUCGACUUUAUCUGUUAACCUGGAAUUCCCGUAACAAUAGCCUACUGGGCUUAUGUGUGUUGAUGAAGUGAAUGACCAUAGGGCGAGGCAUGAAUGACAGAGAAUUGGGUGAGUGAGCUCCCCAUACCCGGACUUUGCUGUAGUAUAGAGACACAGGUGUCUCUGUCACACUGGUGGCAAAUCAGGAAAAGCAAGAAAGGGGUGUUUCAACCCGGACCUGUGGGAGGAGUAAACUAGACGAGAAAUAUUGUAUGAUUCGUUUACUUCCUCGUUCCUCGUCCUAUAGUGGCAAAAGUCACGUCUCCAGCUGGUGAACAUUUUAAAGAUAUUGACGGCAACUAAGGUAAGGCAUUAUUGAGAUGGGAAUCGUAAUAUUGUAGAGACAAAUAUAGAGAAAUCAGUAACUCAUCAUUAUUUAAAAGGUGUCUGAAUGUGAUCUAGGAAUGUGGGCCUAUUGAUAUUGAUGGGCUGCUACAUGUGUCAUAAACAGAUCCGGUCAUUCUGAUAGUAUUGUUCAGUCGGUAUUAGGCUACACUCUGUCUGACUGAACUCACAUGUGCAUAUUGCGUUCGGGCUUCAAGUUGAAUUGUUUCUCAUUACAGGAUUAAUGUAGCACUGUCUCUUUAAAAAAAACGUACCUCAUAUUGUCCAGGAAGUUGUCACGUAAUCGGAGGACGGCGUUCAUUGUUUGUAUCCGAUAGGUCGAAGGUAAUAGGUAUACUGUUACUUUGUAGCAGAGUGUUGCAAUUAUCUUACUUUAACCUAUUCUAUAUCCUUCCUCCAUGAUUUCAAUCAUGAACAGGGUGCAGUUGAAACGCUCGAACAUCUUGAGAAUGGCUCUAGCAGGCUCGGACUCCAUGGAAGAAGGAAAAGGCGAGACGUUUCUACUUAAAGCCAUCAAAAUAGGUGGUGUGGUCGUACUUUAUUGGUUCAUUUCAAUAACCAUGGUGUUCUUAAAUAACUACUUGCUAGACAGUAAAGAUUUGGACGCGCCGCUAUUUGUGACAUUUUACCAAUGCCUUGUGACUGUCGGACUGUGCUAUGGCAUGCACUUGCUAUCCCACUUAUGUCCGGGUGUCAUCGACUUCCCCUCCGUCAAGUUCGACCUAAAGGUAUGCCGGGAGGUUCUACCCCUGUCAAUCGUGUUCAUUGGAAUGAUAACCUUCAACAACUUGUGCCUGAAGCAUGUAGGGGUGGCCUUCUACACUGUCGGCAGGUCACUCAGCACAGUCUUCAACGUUCUACUGUCCUACGUGAUCCUCAAGCAAACGACGUCCUUCUACGCCAUCCUGUGUUGUGGAAUUAUUCUAGGUGGAUUCUGGUUGGGUGUGGACCAGGAAGGUGUGGCGGGCUCCCUGUCAUGGAUGGGUGUGUUUUUCGGUGUGCUGGCCAGUGCCUGUGUCUCCCUCAACGCCAUCUUCACCAAGCGGGUCAUGCCGGCGGUAGACGGAAACAUCUGGAAGCUCUCCUUCUACAACAACAUCAACGCAUGCAUCCUCUUCCUCCCACUCAUCCUCGUCUUCGGUGAGGUCGGCCACCUCGUCCAUUUCAGCCGCCUGGGGGACCCUACGUUCUGGGGCAUGAUGACGCUGGGCGGUGUGUUCGGUUUCGCCAUCGGCUAUGUGACGGGCCUCCAAAUCAAGUUCACGAGUCCGCUGACGCACAACGUGUCGGGGACGGCCAAGGCCUGCGCUCAGACGGUCAUCGCUGUGGUCUAUAACCAGUCCAGUAAAAGUUUCCUGUGGUGGACUAGUAACCUGAUGGUCCUUGGUGGGUCAUCUGCCUACACCUGGGUCAAAGGCAUGGAGAUGAAGAAGGUCCAUAUUCCCCAGGAGGAGUCCAAAGAGAAACUGCUAGGGGAGAAGAGUGAUGCUGGGGUAUAGUGGGACUAGGAUGACCUUCUGCCAUGGUGGUGGUGGUGACCCGGGGGUAUAGCGGGAUGAGGAUGACCUUCUGCCAUGGUGGUGGUGGUGACGGUGACCCGGGGGUAUAGCGGGAUGAGGAUGACCUUCUGCCAUGGUGGUGGUGGUGACGGUGACCGGGCUGGUGACAGAAGACAAUGUAAACACUAAGGCCUAACUACAGAGUUGUUUCUACAGUGAUGUUAUGUUGGAACAGUUGGGCUGUGUGCUGUCAAUAUAAAUGAAUGUUACUAUAGUAACACAGAGGUGUAGGAAGGCUACGGGGUUGUUUUGUUACUCAGUGGGACCUUAUUGUUUUAUAAUUUCCUUAGGUUAUUUUGUCCAAUUCUGUUAUUUAUUCAGUGUGUGGAGGGUCAUGAAUUAUAACCUAAAUCAUUACUGUCACUUCUUUCAGAACAUUAUUCAUAUGUCUGUAGGAUAGUAUCUAAAUCAAGUGACUUUCCUGUUAGCCUGUAUGUGUCAUCAGGAAUGUGACGCAAAACUGCAAUAUGACAGUUUUCUGGCAAGUGGGGCUCUUAUGUUGGGUAUGCAGUUUGCAUAUGGAGGGUGGAGACUGACUGUAAGGCUACAAUAGCUCACCUUAGUUAAUAAGUGAUUAAGCCAGUGCUGGUUUUAUGGACCGCUUUACGUUAUAUCUUUGAAGCAGUGACACUGUAGGUGAUAAAAGUGAAAGCCGUCAAAGAGAUGGUUGAUUCUCUCUGCCUUCAGUUGGGGCACUACAAUUUUGAAUAAUUGACAACAAAGGAUGUAAUCUGAACUGUUUAUGCCCUGAGAUGGAGAUUUUCUAUGGCUGUUUAUUUUGUGUGUUUUGUCUUGAAAAGUUACAGAUUAUAGAAGGAAUGUUAAAGAUCAUGUCUGUGUUGAUGUAUUGUCUGUGUCAUUAAACUUCAAUCAUGAGGGAAGACUGUUGGGUAACCGGCCAAGUGGCCUGCGGGAGCAUCAUCAUUAUGAUGUCAUAACUCCUUCCUGUCUCAGUGCUGGGUUGAGACCCUGCACUCUAAAACACCCUCCUUUCCUAAAGUCCUCUCUGCUUGUCCUCUUCUGUAGUGUCAUCAUUUCAGACCAAUGAGAUAUAAGGAAAUGGGACACGAGGAAAGGAAUUUACAUAGAAAGACUGGCUGGUGAUCUGAGAGAUCCUAAAAUGUGGGUCUCUCAGAGUUGAGGUUUUGCUUCUGCGUCCACUUGAUACAACGUCUGUUUUUCUUCUAAUUAUUUGUUGCUCAGGGUUUGUAGUGCGUUGGAAGAUACCGGACAUGGGAUUUCAGAGCUGGUUAGCCGACAUAGAUGGGUAUUCUCCAGAUUGCGUUUUUUAAGAAAAGAUACAGAUUUAUUUUAGAAAAUAUAUAGUUAUUCAGUGAAUGUGACUUUUUUUAUGUGUACUUCAGAAAAAUAAAUGGACAUUCUGUUAAUCAUAA